ACCCCGUCCCUUCCCUCGCGUGCUCGCGCUUCCCCUCGCAACCAAUCAGCGCGCGGCUCUCGCGGCAGGUCCGUGCGUCUCGCUCGCGGAGGAUCAGACGCUCCAUAUUUAGCUGAAGCGAGUCUCGCAGAGGCUCUGAGUGUCAGAGAAACCCUGCGAGAGAGUUCAGCUCCCAACUUAUUUCGUGUCACCGCCGGCGUAAAACGAAGGGAGUACGCGCCAUCGAAAAGCCUCGAGCUCCGAGGACGGAAUUCAUGGAGGAUCGGGGACUUUCGCGGAUUUUUCCCCUCACAGAUGGGAAUGUAGCUUAGCUGGUUAGCCUGGCCACUAGCAGUAGCAGGCUAGCUGUGUCGAAGAGCGGAGGCGACAUAAGUUGACUUUUACUCGCUAUAACGUCAUAACACCUCAACAAACCGCCUCAGUAUUUCCAAAGACGCGUUUCUGAAGGCGUCGCCGUCACAGAAACAGCGGUUCGGGACUGUAUUCAGGGGAACUUCUCGUCUUAGCUGGCUGGCUAACUGGCCGUCACGUCAAUCUGUCAACCGAACCUGAAAAUCCAGACCGGAUAGUUCGAGCCACAUACGGAGGCACCGAACCUCCCCCUCUCCUCUGAUAUACGAGCUUCUGGGACGCUGGAUUAGGAGCCCUAAAACCGGGAGGAGACGCUCACAUUGGGUUAACGGAACCGUAGAGUUUGUGAAGUUCGUCUACUGCGAGCCGGGGACGGAACCGGACAGAGACCUCAUGAAUGGAAAUCGGAACUACAGGAGCCGUUGGGGCCCAGGCCCUGUUCUCCGUGCCACGGAGGCCCGGCUAUGGCACCGUGGGGAAACCCAUCAAGCUGCUGGCCAACUGCUUCCAGGUGGAGAUCCCCAAGAUGGAUGUCUACCUGUACGAGGUGGACAUCAAGCCUGAGAAGUGUCCACGCCGCGUGAACAGGGAGGUUGUGGACUCCAUGGUGCAGCACUUUAAAGUCACCAUCUUUGGGGAUCGAAGGCCAGUUUAUGAUGGGAAGAAAAGCCUCUACACCGCCAACCCACUGCCUGUGGCGCCUGCGGGGGUGGAUCUGGACGUUACGCUGCCAGGCGAGGGGGGUAAAGACCGACCCUUUAAAGUCAGUAUUAAAUUCGUGUCCCUGGUGAGCUGGCACCUGUUGCAUGAGGUACUAACCGGUCGCAGUAUGCCAGAGCCGCUGGAGCUGGACAAGCCAAUCAGCACCAACCCAGUUCACGCUGUGGACGUGGUGCUACGCCAUCUACCCUCCAUGAAGUACACACCCGUGGGCCGCUCGUUCUUCUCUGCCCCGGAGGGCUACGACCAUCCUCUGGGUGGAGGCAGAGAGGUCUGGUUCGGCUUCCACCAGUCUGUUCGGCCGGCCAUGUGGAAGAUGAUGCUCAACAUUGACGUGUCAGCCACGGCUUUCUACAAAGCACAGCCAGUGAUUCAGUUCAUGUGUGAGGUACUGGACAUCCACAACAUCGACGAGCAGCCUCGCCCCCUCACAGACUCCCACAGAGUCAAAUUCACCAAAGAAAUCAAAGGUAUGUGCGUUUGUGUGCUCAUCUGUGUUUAUGCACACGUGUUCGUCCCGUUCUCAUUGGCUGGUUUGUGUGUAGGUCUGAAGGUGGAGGUGACACACUGCGGAACCAUGCGGAGGAAGUACCGGGUCUGCAAUGUGACCCGCCGCCCUGCCAGCCACCAAACGUUCCCAUUGCAGUUGGAGAACGGCCAAACUGUAGAACGAACAGUAGCUCAGUAUUUCAGAGAGAAGUACAACCUGCAGCUCAAAUACCCCCACCUGCCCUGCCUACAGGUGGGCCAGGAGCAGAAACACACCUACCUGCCCCUGGAGGUGUGCAAUAUUGUAGCAGGGCAGCGGUGCAUCAAGAAACUGACAGAUAAUCAAACGUCCACCAUGAUCAAAGCCACAGCGCGAUCAGCACCAGACAGACAGGAGGAGAUCAGCAGACUGGUGCGCAGUGCUAACUAUGAAGCAGACCCGUUUGUGCAGGAGUUCCAGUUUAAGGUGCGAGACGAGAUGGCCCACGUGACGGGGCGCGUGUUGCCUGCGCCCAUGCUGCAGUACGGGGGCAGGGUGAGCACAGAGCACUUUAUGAACCGCACUGUAGCCACACCCAGCCAUGGCGUUUGGGACAUGAGAGGGAAACAGUUCCACACCGGCGUGGAGAUCAAGAUGUGGGCCAUUGCCUGCUUCGCCACACAGAGACAGUGCAGAGAAGAGAUCCUCAAGGGUUUCACGGACCAGCUGCGUAAGAUCUCAAAGGACGCUGGGAUGCCGAUCCAGGGUCAGCCGUGUUUCUGUAAGUACGCACAAGGAGCCGACAGCGUGGAGCCCAUGUUCAGACACCUGAAGAACACCUACUCUGGACUGCAGCUCAUCAUCGUCAUCCUGCCCGGAAAAACACCCGUCUACGCGGAGGUGAAGCGUGUGGGAGACACUCUUCUAGGAAUGGCCACUCAGUGUGUUCAGGUGAAGAACGUGGUGAAAACCUCGCCUCAGACGCUCUCCAACCUCUGCCUCAAAAUCAACGUCAAACUCGGCGGCAUCAACAACAUCCUGGUGCCACAUCAACGGCCGUCAGUGUUUCAGCAGCCAGUCAUCUUUCUGGGGGCGGAUGUGACGCAUCCACCUGCAGGAGACGGGAAGAAACCCUCCAUCGCAGCGGUGGUGGGCAGUAUGGACGCUCAUCCCAGCAGGUACUGCGCUACUGUGCGCGUCCAGCGGCCCAGACAGGAAGUGAUUCAGGACUUGGCCUCUAUGGUGCGAGAGUUACUCAUUCAGUUCUACAAGUCCACUCGCUACAAACCCACCAGAAUCAUCUUCUACAGGGACGGCGUGUCUGAGGGCCAGUUUAGACAGGUGUUGUAUUAUGAGCUGCUGGCCAUUCGAGAGGCCUGUAUCAGUCUGGAGAAGGAGUACCAGCCCGGCAUCACGUACAUAGUGGUGCAGAAACGCCACCACACACGCCUCUUCUGUGCCGAUCGCAACGAGAGGGUGGGUCGCAGCGGAAACAUUCCUGCUGGUACGACAGUUGACACGGAUAUCACACACCCCUACGAGUUUGACUUUUACCUCUGCAGUCAUGCUGGAAUACAGGGCACUAGCCGACCCUCCCACUACCAUGUCCUGUGGGACGACAACUGCUUCACUGCUGAUGAGUUCCAGCUGCUAACUUACCAGUUGUGCCACACGUAUGUGCGCUGUACCCGCUCUGUCUCCAUCCCCGCGCCAGCCUACUACGCCCACCUGGUGGCCUUCCGUGCGCGAUACCACUUGGUGGACAAAGAACACGACAGUGCCGAGGGAAGCCACGUCUCCGGACAGAGUAACGGCCGGGAUCCCCAGGCUCUGGCCAAAGCUGUGCAGAUUCACCACGACACCCUGAGGACCAUGUACUUUGCCUAAGCCAGCUCACAUCCAUCCCACGUUCGACUAGUCACGCACACGAACCCGACAACCGCAUACACACGCCGUCACACCUCCCAAAAGCCUGUGCGUCCCUGUGGGUCGAUCUCUGUGGCGAUGGAAGCGCGGCCAGCCCCGACACUGUGCAGCAGGAUGAGGAAGGCCUGCUUUAAUUCCACACGUGGACCUCGGCACUAUUAUGCAAUAUGAAACCAGCCAACUGAGGCCGUUCUGUCAUAUCCCCUCCAAAACCCAAACCAAAAGGGAAGCCCGUCUAUGUCCCCGCUCCUCUUCCUGUCUGUAGACGUAACGUUUAAUUACUUACCCUGCCUGUCACGCCUUGUACCUCAACGUUUUCUAACAGCACUUUUGCCCCUAAUUGUCCCCCCAAAAUGAGAUUGGAAUGGAAGCAGAUUGAAAGACUGAGUCCGGAAGAAAGGAAGUUUCAGAGAACGCCUGCGGAUAGAGGCGCUCACACUAGCAAUGUACUUUCCUCCCGUUAUCAAAUAUUUUUGUAGCCAAUGGUGACUUAACUACGUGUUAAAGUGUCAGUCGUGAAGAACCAAUUGUGCGUUAGUGUUUUAAAACAGAAAAACAAGCUUUUAUUGUUAGAGAAGUGCCAUUGCCGAGCGUAAAGUCCUUUAUGACGUACCCCGCCGGGGGGCAGAAGGCAGACCGUUGGAUUUUUUUUUUUUAAAGCAAAUUUACGCUCUAGCUUUCAUGUACUACAACGCAAAGUGAUCAUGUUUUGAUGCUUUUUCUUGUUUUUAACACCCGAAUUCCCUCCAAUAUUUAUUUGUCUCGAUGAAACGCAGCUCCUAGCAGAUUUGUCUCGUUCGCUUCCCUCCUGCACUUUGUCUCGAUUUAAAAUGCGUAGACCUUAUGUGACAGAUCAUACAUAGUUUAGUGCAAUAAUCCAUUAGCAGGAUGAGAAUACCUCCUGUGCAAAGACUCUGUGUUGCGAUUAGGGGAAAAUAGGCAUCUGAAAGCGUGCGAUUGACAUUGUGGUUGGUUUUUUUAAGAUGGAGGUGUGCAUGUUUGGCACUUUUAUAGUUUAUGUUUGGUGAAAGUACAGCAGCGUUUCCUGACGAUUGACUGUCGUGUGUUAACAAGUGCCUGCUAGAAUUGCAUGAUGUUGGGAGGUCAGAAGCGGAACAAGCGCACCUCAUUUAGUCCAACCAAGGGCACAGUUGCGACCACGUUUGACUGUACGGCCUUAAAAAAAAAUCUCACGGUUUCAACGUGAGAUUUUCACUGCCCUGCCUGUUUCAAAGGAUUUCGCUGCUGUUGUACUUGUUCGAGUCUGACCGGCGGGUUCAUGCUUCAGUUCGCCUAAGCACAAGGGACCGACUGGGCCACGUGUUCAAGGAGAAGCUCUGGCAGCACCUGAUUCGUGCUCGUUCACUGGAGGGCCACUAGGGGUCAGUAUAGCAUUUUACUUGAAGGGUGCAGUGAGCGUCGGGUGCCUUACCGUCUCUCUCGUGCGCCAUCUGAAGCAUGUCCCGCUGUUUAAAGGUGAUAAUCUGCACUAAAUAAUGCGUAAUGCAUGGUGCUACUAGGUGCGGCCCGUGGCGGCAUCAGCAACUGGCAGAGACUUAAUGUGUAAGAUGGAACAUGGGAUGCAUAAAUGGUGCUGGUUGCAUGUUUUUCUCUCACUCUGAGGAGAAAUCUCUCAUCAGGACAGACAUUUGGUUGUUUGUACGUUUGUUUGUUAGAUUUGCAUUUGAUUUUAUUGCGUAGAAAGGUACAGCGCACUGUGGCCAGUCAGAAAACGAUUACGGUCAAUUGCACGAAGCACUAGAAAGUGGAAGAUUUUAAUGCAUAACUUGUUUUUUUUAUUACAAUUUCAGUCCCUUUAAAAUCCAGAAUGCAGUUUAUGCAAUCAAGUAAAUUCUAAAGUAUAAAUAAUCGAAUGAAACGAAUGCAGUGAUGGGUUUUCUGUGUUUUUGUUGUUUAUAAAGUGUGCAUUAGAGGUCAGACCUGUUGAAGAAGGUACACCGUGUUUUAUGCCCAUAAAAGUUGGUUUAAGUGAGCAUCGAUACAGCAGCUACUGAAAUUGUGACCUUUUUUUUUUAUUUGACCUUCCCAAAUGAAACGGCUUAUCGGUGCUUCAGAGCCUUUGAAGUAAAACCGUUUGUGUGUGGAUGCCAAACAGCUGUCAGUUUCAGAAGCAAUCUUGAUGAGGUGUCAUGCAAGUUUAUUUUUGUGUAGUUUUAACUUCAAAUAUAUAUAUUUUACUAACCCUUGCCUCUUAUUUUGGCAAGAAAUGCCUCUUUUAAAGGAAUAGUUUGGAUAUAAAUUAUCAUGAAUUGUAAUUUUUACUCACUUUACCCACAGUUGUUUCAAAGUUGCGUGCACAUGAGAUUUUAAUGAGUUUUAAAAAACUAUGCGAGCUGCUGUUUUCCAUGCAACAAAAUGAACGGAUAUCUGUGGAUAUUGAAGUUAAGUUAUGGCUUGAAAGCUUGGGAUGUAGAUUCAUUUUGGAGCUCGGUAGUAAAAAUCAGUCCGUUUUUGUUGCACAAGUCAACAGCUUUUUGCAAAAAAAACAACAUGAGGGUGAGAAAACCAUUACGCAAUUUUAAUUUUUCGCCCAACGAUUCCUUUAAAGCUGCAACUCGUUUUGCCUCAGUACGUUUUAACCGAAGACUGUAAAGAGUGUUUGUCUUGUAUUCGCAAGUAACUGUGGUAGCAGAUGUUGUGGGUUCGUAGCACACUUAUUGAGUUCGUUGCCUGACGUGGCUUCCGUUAUUCAGAAAGCUAGAAGCGAAAGAGUCGAUGUAUUUUCUCCUCUCCUCUCCUCUCGUCUUUUAUUUUAGAGCUUUUGGGAGGGUCUUCUUUUAGGGUCUAAAACGUAACACGAGUUCAAAGUUCAUAGAAAGUGCCUUUCCUCAUGAUGGUGCUGAAUAAUCUGAGACUAAAGUGAGAAAUCAAAGAGCAUAUUAGUCUUACUCUUACCUUGAAGGUGUUGCACACAUGCAAACACACACGUUUUUAUCUCGAUCGCGAGGCUCGUAACGGUGCCUCUUUGUAUAUUCAGAUAUUAUAAUGACGACGAUAUAUGCCAAGUAUACGAGCAAACGGUUGAGAUACUGUAUUAGGAGUCCGGACCAAUGCAAUGGAAGCGUUCAUAUAGGUGAAUGUGCUAUCUUUAGAUAUGGGGCAGAGCGGACACUCAUAUGACACGGCCUGACCCUGGACAGGAAAGCCUAGCACAGCACUUUAAAGACUGCCACCCAAACAAGGAAACAAAGUCACAGUGCUUUGCUCUCCUUUUUCUCUCCCCCCCCCCCAUAAGCCCCUUUUUCACGUACUCCAGCAAAAGACGGUCUCUAGUGCUUGAAAUCUUUGCUGAGGGAAGGUUAAUCGCGUUUCGAAGGCUUACACGGGGCCCCGGUGACAUCUUUUUUUCGGACUUCACUAUGGCUGCUUAAAAAUGUUAUUGUUUGUGUUGCAUUGGCUGAUCGAUCCCUCUCAAUGUGCAAUGGCCCGUAGAAACCUAGACACGUACAGUAUGUGUUUUGACCCCAGGAGGAUAUACCUCGAUGAGAGAUCUCAAAACACUGCACCUCACUUACCUUGGUAUGCUGCAUAUGUUAUUAGUGAAAGAAACUGCAAAUGGGUGAAUCUCACCAAAGAACGUGUUCACGUUUCACACCAACAUCACAAGAUGCGCUAUAUUUUGCAUAAUGAAAAUUAAGCGAAAAAUUACGAAAAUUCAGUUACAAUUUUGUUUUUACAUUGUGACAGUGAAAUGCAUUCCCCUCCCCAAAUGAUCAUUAUUGUAAUGCAAAAAAUAUUAUGUAUUAAUAUUAGUUGCAUUGCUUUUCAUUUAUGCUCAAUUGAUCAUUUUAAUAAUACAGUAAAUGUCAUUGCUAUCGCCAUUGGGAAUUACAAAAUAGCUCAAAACGUGGAGGAAAAUGUGUUAAUUGUUGGGGCGGGGGGGGACUGGUUGUUAAAAUAGGCUUCAUUUUUCUCGUGCAAAAUAUAAUUUCUAGUUAUACUACACUCCAACAAAACGUUGUUAUAUUUUGCGUGAAGGAAAUAAAGCCUUUUUUGUGACACUUUUUAUGCCAAUUUAACACAUUCCCCCUCUCCAAAUUCUCAUUAUUAUUAUAUUGUGAAAAUAUUAUUCUAAUAUUAAAAUGGAUAUAUAUUUAUACAUCACAAUUGUACUGUAUUUGUUGCAUUGCUUUUCCUUCAUUCUUAUUAGUCAAUAUCAUUCUAUCACCUUUGAGAAUGAUGGGAAUUACAAAAAAAACUCUGCUUAAUUAUCCUGAAAAUAAUGCAAUAAUUGCAUUGGUUGUUAGAAUAGGCUUCUUUUUUGUCAUGCAAAAUGUAAUUUCUAGUGAACUACACAUCAACAACACAAGACAGAAAUAAGAAAUUCUAUUUUUCAUUUAAAAAAUGAAGCUGAUUUUUGGACCAUUAUAUUUAGGCAUUGUGACUGUAUUUUAAAGACAAUUAAAUGCAUUCCCCCUCUAAAUUCUCAUUAUUGUAAUGCAAAAAAAAUACAGAAACACUACAUUUUAGGGAAAAUGUGCUUAAUUGUAAAUAAUGACAAAAAACUAUUGGUUGUUAAAACAGGCUUCAUUUUCCUCAUGCAAAAUUUAAUUUCUUAUUUGUUCUUUUGAUUUUGAAGGUGGAUAUGUUUUCCUGAGAUUCGCCCAGAUAUUACUUUGAUUACAGUAUAAUGCUUGACUAAUGCCUGACAACAAUAUCCUUAACAAUUUUAGAUUAAUAAGUCUAAUUGUAAGAGAAAAAAAGUUGUUUUUAAAUCAUAACACGUAUCUUUUUCUUCUUUUAUUGAGCCAACUUUUAUUUUGUUGUCCUAUUUAAAUGUUGUUUUUUUUUUUUUUUUUUUUAAUAUAUUGGAAAUAUAUAUGGGAAAUAUUUAAUGGUGUAUUUAUUGAGGGAGUGCUUACGCGGCUGGAGUCUCCGCAGAGUUACGGGGGGCGAGUUUGGGGGUCGAGGGUCAAACGGACGCCCUCGACAUCGACACUCUCACACACACACACACACACACACACACAAGCACAACCACAGUGUGGACUGAAGUGUUCAAUGACGUCACUUCCUCCUUGACCUUUGACUAGUUGUCUGUCGAGAUGGUCCACCUCUCCAGCGAAGAGGCUCGUCGCAUCUCAUCUCGUUACGGAACGGAGAAUCACACUGACUUUGUUAUUCCAAAAAGAAGAGAUAAAAAGCUGAUCGUUUUCAUCCAGAGCUGCUAAACUCUUAGCCAUACACGUUUUUUUUUCCCUGGAAGGAUGUGUCCGGUGCUUUACAAAUGGAGUCGAGAAGCAGAUCAUGGUAUUUGUCCUUCGUCAUUUGCUUGAGUUCAAUUGUCUUCGUGCCAGAGAGGGUCCCAUUCCACUCAGAUAUUAUAUAUAU